UUUUCGUACCCCGCGCUCACCGCACCGCACCGGGCCGGCGCUGCCCCGCAGGGUGCGGGGAGGUGCGGGUUGGCGGGGCUCCGGCCAUGGCGAGGAGCUUUGCGGCGUUGAUGCUGCUGUGGCUGUGCGCGAUGCUCCGCUCCUGUGCCGCCUUCAACCUGGACACCGCCUUCCCCGUGCUGAAGGAGGGGAGCGCGACGCGGGGCUUCUUCGGUUUCUCCGUCGCGCUGCAUCGGCAGAACGAGAGGGAGGAGCGGUACCUGCUGCUGGUGGGAGCCCCUCAGGAUGAGGAGCCACAGAACGGCACGAGGACGGGGGCUGUCUAUGCCUGUCCCCUCUCCCCCUCCGAAAGCGACUGCGAGCGGCUCGACAUCGAGCUGAAAAGUGAGCCCGACAAGUACAUCAUUGAGGACAUGUGGCUGGGGGUGACAGUGGCCAGCCAGCGGCAGCCAGCUGGCAGGGUGCUGGCGUGUGCUCACCGUUACACCAAAGUGCUGUGGUCGGGCAGCGAGGACCAACGGCGCAUGGUUGGGCGCUGCUACGUGCGGGGCAACGACCUCAGCUUGGAUCUGAGCGACGAGUGGCAGACGUACCACAACGAGAUGUGCAACUCCAACAUGGACGCCGAAGAGACGGGCAUGUGCCAGAUGGGUGCCAGCGCUGGCUUCACUGCCAACAUCAUCUAUUUUGGGGCACCUGGAGCCUAUAAUUGGCAGGGUGUGUGUAUGGGGGGGAGGGGGGGUUGUGAUGCUCCUCCUUGAGCCCUGUGUGGUGCUGCUGUGGGGAUGCUGAGUGUGUUCUGCACUGCGAGGCUGCAUGGCGGGGUCUUGUGCAAGCAUGCAGGCUUGGUGUGGUGCACGCGGGUUCUGUGCGGUGCAGGCAGCAAGGUGUGCAUGCCCACGUGCGUCCUUUGUGCUCAGAUGUGCAGCUGUGCAGAUGCAUGCGCUCUGCUGCCCGCGUGCACUCCUGGAUGGUGAGGCGUUGCAUGAGGGUGCAGGUGUGCAUUUCUGGGUGCUGAAGGCAUUGCACGUGUGUGCAAACGCGUGCAUGGGCUGAUGCAUGCGCUUCUGUGCGGGGUGACGCUGCGCAGGCGUGCCAGCAGGCGAGCUGUGGUGCACAUUUGUGCACUUCUUGUAUUGUAAGAUAUUGCACACGCGUGCAAAUGUCCGUGUCCCAGAGCACUUCUGUAUGGUGAGAGUUUGCAUGGGCAUGCAAAUGCAUCCAUGUGUGUGCACUUAUGGAUGGUAAGAAGCAUGCAAGCAUGUAAGGGUGCGUGUUGUUUCGUAUGCGUGCACUCCUGUAGGUGAAGAUGUUGCACAAGCAUGCAGACAGGAGUGCUCUGGCGCAUAGAUGUGCACUUCUGCACGGUGGGGAGUUGCACGAGGAGAUGUAAGGGUGCAGACGUGCAUGGCCUGAUGCAUCCGUGCACUUUUGUAGGGCGAGGUGCUGGGUAAGAUGCAGGUGUGUGGCAUGUUCUGGUGCAUGAUUGCACCUCCGUGUGGUGAGGACUGCACACGCAUGCAAACAGCUGUGUGUUCUGGUGCGUGCAUCCUGCCACGUGCACCAGCUUGCAGGCUGGGUACAGCGGUUGCAAGGAGGGCUGACCACCGUUGCAGGUACCAUUACAUGCUGCAGCGGGAGACGUGGGACCUGCACGACUUCUCCUACCCCAACGAGAAGAACGGCAAACACCUACAUAGGUUACGCAGCAGAGGUGGGCAGCGGGGUGCUGCAGCAGGAGGCGGUGACGGUGGUGGCCGGAGCCCCCCGCUAUCAGCACACUGGGCUGUGUACCUGCUGAGCACCAGCCCCCAGCAGACCUGCAGAGGAGCGGGCUGCUGCGAGGCCGCCAGGUCGGCUCCUACUUCGGCAGCGCCGUGGCUUUGGCAGAUCUCAACAAUGAUGG